ACCACCUUCACCUCUAUAUUUGACCGCUCAAAGACCGCGUCUGCGCGAGCAUGCACUUCUAAUACGACCUGGGGGACACGGACUUAGAAGCAAUUCACGCUUGCUAAAUUUUUGGAAAGGACCGCGAAGACCCUCCACGACGCCAGCACCGGGGUGAGGAAUUCGAUAUUAUAUAUCCUCUUGACGCACGAAGCCAUAUUCCCCAUGUCAUUUGCGCAGAAGUCAGAGAAGAAAUGGACGGAGGAGGAAGACGACAUCCUCAGAGCUGCCGUAGCAGAGUACGGUA